UUUAAUAAGCCGCGAUGGAGUCUGCGAGUCCCGAUGCGACAGCAAUGCAGGACUACGACGAACACGGAAAUCCACAGCACGGGCAGGAUUAUGGCCAGCAGAAGAAAGAUCUGCCGGCGCCGCAGCCCUACGCGAGCCUCCCCGUUAUCUUCGGCGUGGCCGUGGCCGUAACCGCACUGACUGCCGUGCUCGCCUUCUACGCGAUGCAGACAGCUCGACGUGAAGAGACGACAACGACGACGACAACCGUGGCUCAGCCACCGCGGUACUUUGGUGUCACGCCCCCCUCUACAAUCACUGUCAGCACGCCUAUCAGCGACACCAACUCCAACAGCACAGACGUCCCCAGCAAAAACGCCAGCACCAUGGUCAGAAUGGACUACGAAGGCUCAAACGCGGACGAGGAUGAAGAGCAGGGCGGUAUCGCUGAUGCAACGACCACUGCUCACGAAACCAUGUCGACGGAAUGAAGGCUCUAGUGGUU